AUGCUACUCCACUACCGCAAUACUCCUCAUAGAAUGACCGGAAGAACACCUUCAUCAUUGCUAAUGAACCGAGAAGUCAAGACGAAACUUCCUAGUUUUGAACAACAGACAAACGAUGAAACUGAAACUCGCAAGAAAGAUGAAGAGGAGAAAGAGAAAUAUACCGACAAGAGGCGAAAAGCAAGUCCAAGAAAUCUUGAAGUCGGAAAUAAAGUACUAGUUACUCAAAAACAUCGAAACAAAUUUACGACAAAGUUUCAUCCUGAUCCAAUGGUAAUCACCAAAAUAAACGGCACGCAGAUAGUGUUAAAAGACAAAAAUGGCACACAACAUCGCAGAAACUCAUCGCAUGUCAAGUUAUACCAGGAAAUUCCUGAUCCUGAAGAAGAAAUCCAGAGUGAUCGCAAGCAUGACAGACAAACGGAAAGUCGCGAAGAAAACACCGAAGCAACUCAAACAGAAACCAACCAGAAUACUACAGAAACGGAAAUUGUUCUACGUAGAUCAACGAGAAAUAGAAAACCAGACUAUCUAAAAGUAGGUUAAAUUAGUCAAGUUUAAAAUGCAGACUGUUGACAUUUAGUUUAGUUUAAAGAACACGGUAAUGAAACCCGUAAUAGUAAUUCCAAGACACUAAGUCUUAGAACGGAACUACAAAGUAAAGAACUACAUAGAAUAGAGAUUUUAGAAACUUUAAAGGUUGAUAUUUUCAUAACUAUAAUUAAGGAAGGGAUGUUGUAUCCAAAUGCUGAUUGGUCAGCUGAAGUGAUUGACAUAUAAGAUUAGGUCACGAGACAUUAGAUUAGGAGACGCUAAGCCAGAGAGCAAGUAUAUAUGUAUAAUAUAGCAGAGUAAAUAUAUGUUAUAAAAGUUGAAUAACGGAGGAUAUAAAAGUCAUACAAAUAUAUACAAAAUUUGCGAACUUCACAGGGCUAUAUUUUCUGCAUUUUACAACAUUUAGCAACCAAUCUUCGCAGUUUUACUCAUUCUAAAGACGCUCUUUCUAGCUGUGGUGUUGGAUUUCGUUCUUCUUGCGAUGAUCAAAAUUUAGUCUAUAGCCGGUGUCGACACAGAGUCGAUUUGUGUGAUCAAUCCAAAGCAUGACCCACUGAAAUAUUGUAGAUCAAAAAGCACUGUCAACAGUCAAAUGUCAAUACAAUAUGUAAAUCAGAGUCACUAUCUUGAUCAUUUUCCGGUAUGUUGGUAGACAAAUGGUGUCUCGAAAGAAAGUACAUGUGCAGACAACAUGAAACUUUAGACUGCAGAAAAUUGCACAAGCAGUUAUCAAACUCGUGUCACAGAAGUGGUAAAGGACAUGUGUGACAACUGAAUGGUAUCCGUUUGUAAAAUUUUUGGCCAGGGGUGGGCGUUUAUUUUUCAAUUGAUAUUUGAGGUUGGGUAAUCAAAUUAUUGACUUUUUUAAUGGUUGGGUCAGCAAAAUUUUUGCCACGAAAAACAUUUCUCUUCGGCGCUACCCCCUCCAUGCAUAAUUAAUGACCGCUUCCUUACAACAAAAGGAUUUCUAGAGGUCAACUCCAGGGGUCGAGAUUUAAAUUUUUUUGUACUAUACAGCCGGAAUAGUAGAUUUUUAUAUUUACUAUUCCGUCUGAAAAUCCACUAUUCCUUAAUGUACUGUUUCUGUUCAUGCGUGAAAUCAUCCUUGAGACUCCUAAAGUGAACUGAAUAAUUGAAUAACAAAAAAUAAACAUGUACCAAAGUGCAUUGCUCUGUACAGUGAUGAACAAAUUAUUAAUAAAAAACAAAGUUCAAACACUGAGAUGAACUUGCGAACUUUGUUGCGAAGUUCGCGCCCAAUUUCCGAACUUGGAAACGUAAUUGGCAAGUUCGCAACGAACUUGGGAACCGCGCGUUGAAAAGUGACUUGAAAUCAACAAUAAUAUUGCUGCAAAGAAAUUAGAAUAUGCAAGUAUUGCAAGCGAACAAGAACUUAUCUACGAAGUGGAACAGUGGCUCAAAGUCCGGUAUAAAGCGGUGAUAUAUUAUACAAGAGGAAAACUCUUGCUUGUCGAUAUAUGGUAGCACAACUUUUUCUACUAUACAAACGGAAUACUGUGAUCAUCAAGUUUACUAUUCCGUCAGGCAUUUUAGUAUAUUCGGAAUAGCGGGAAUUUCGACCCCUGAACUCAAAUGAUAAGUUAAAAACAAAUGCUUUUGAAAAUAGCGGUAAUAUAAUCUUUUUUAUGAUCUAAUAUUUUUCAGGGUAAUUACGUUGCAUUAAACGAAAGUGAAAUAAACGAACUGAGCGAUGAAGAAUACGAGCUCAAGAUUGCAAAAUCCUACGAAACUUUGGCGAACGCGGGUGCACAUUACGUGAUCGACAGCAUCGCUGAACUGCCUCCCGUAAUUGAAGAUAUAAACCGCAGACUGGCUGCGGGCGAGCGACCUUGA